GCCGCUCCGUCAUAUAACCACCACCCACACGACACUUUUAUCUACAACACAGCCAACAUGGGUCUCACAUUCUCGCGUCUGUUCGACCGUCUCUGGGGAAAGAAGGAGAUGAGAAUUCUUAUGGUCGGUCUCGAUGCCGCCGGAAAGACCACCAUUCUCUACAAGCUGAAGCUCGGUGAAAUCGUCACCACCAUCCCCACAAUUGGUUUCAACGUCGAGACCGUCGAGUACAAGAACAUCCAGUUCACCGUCUGGGAUGUCGGUGGUCAGGACAAGAUCCGUCCCCUCUGGAGACAUUACUUCCAGAACACUCAGGGUAUCAUCUUCGUCGUCGACAGCAACGAUCGUGACCGUGUCGUCGAGGCCCGUGAGGAGCUGCAGCGCAUGCUCAACGAGGACGAGCUGAGAGAUGCUCUCCUCCUGGUCUUCGCCAACAAGCAGGAUCUUCCCAACGCCAUGAACGCCGCCGAGAUCACCGACAAGCUUGGUCUGCACAGCUUGAGACAGCGCGCCUGGUACAUCCAAUCUACCUGCGCCACUUCCGGUGACGGUCUGUACGAGGGUCUGGAAUGGUUGAGCAACUCGCUCCGCAAGGCUGGCCACCAGUAGACAAUAUCCCCAGCUUGAACCUUGUGUCCGUUUUCUGCCGCGCCUCAAUUCAUGUCUCUCAACCUCUUUUCCUCUCCGUCUCUUUACGAUCGUGGACCUCCUAUUCUCCGGCCCUUCAUACACACGGGUAUCUCUGCCCCCACGUGCGACCACAACUUCGAUACCAAACCUCACAACAAAGUCAACAGAAAAGCGAAAAACAAGAAAAUGGAAAUGACGAGAAAAAGAGUGUCACGAUGAGAAGCACAAUGACCUCUUUUCGACGACCUUUCCUCAUCGUCGACGAAAGACGAGAGAGGGCAAGGAAAGGGAGAGGGGGACAAAAAACCAACCCAGAUGUUGAAU